UGCGCUCGUGUAAAAGUCAGCGGGUUAUUCUGUCCAAAAUGGCGCUUUGUUUACGUAUGUGUACUGUGGUGUAGUUACAAUCAUGAUUUUUGCCAAUGUCAUUCGUCGUCGGAGAUAACUUCAUCUAAGCUUGCAGCAACGGCAUCACCUAGCUUUCGGUAAUGACGAGCCAGCGCGCUAACGUUUGUUCUGCGUCACUGUCCAUUCAAAACGUGAAUUUACCUUAUUGAAGAAUGCAGGCUGAGGCCCCAGGUGUGGCCCUACGUGAGGGCAUCCAGGCUCUCUGUGUCCAAGAGGCAGAGAGUAAAAACGAAGCAUGCAAACAGGAAGAAGGCACGAAACAACCGGAUGCCGAGAUGAUCGCUGCACCGGUGGAGAACGCUGCCACCAUGGACGACAAAGGUCAAGAAAGUGAGGCAAAUGACCAAGACACAGACAAGAUGGAAGGAGAGGAACACACAAACGCACCUCAGUCGGUGGCAGCGGUGGAGGACGAAGAGGGAACGCAGGUGGCAGAGAAGGACGGCGAAUGGGAACUGGUGUACAGCGAUGAGGAAAUGGAGGACCCAAAGAACUGGAUGCCGCCACCUGCUGAGAUCAAGAGACUCUAUGAGCUCCUGGCCAAGGGCGAGAUGCUGGAGCUCAACUCCGAGCCCCUUCCCCGAAGGCCGCCCACGCCCGAACGCCCCCUUUCGCCCAAAAGGGAGGAGGAGGAAGACGAGGCUGAGGAGAGAGAGAAGAAAGAGAGGGAUCUCAAGCCACCAAGUCCAACUGAGUUUGACUUUAAUGAGGAGCAUCAAUUGCAAGCCACCCCGAAAAGUUCUUUCAUUAAUAGACGUAGGACACCAGGGUCGUCAGCUCGCUCGUCCGUGAAAAGGGAGGCCAGGAUGGACAAAGUGCUGUCGGACAUGAAGCGCCACCGCAAAAUCGAGGAGCACAUCAUGCGCACGGGCCGAGAUCUCUUCAAGAACGACAAGAAGCUGGAGGCGGCGUUGUCGCCCAACAGCCAGAAGGAGCGAGACAAGGAACGGGAGCGAGACAGCAACCCCAAUACCAUCUUCUCACCUAGGCAGAGGAGAUACUGAACACGAUUGUCCCUGUACAUUUUCCGAGGCGCUUUUUCAUUUUUUCUUUUUCUUUUUAAUGAUACAAGCUUUGUAUGUUUUCUAUGUUUUUGUAUGAUGGCAAUAAACAUGCUAACCUGAGACGACCGAUGACUUACAGUUGGGUGUGUUGUUGACCAAGUAGUAACAUUGCAGACAUUAGAAGUUAAUCAUGUGGAUAAUCAAUAAACAG